GGCGCUGACUGUUGAAGUUAAGGGUAAAUACCAAAUCGAUAGAUUCAUUUGACCGCUGACGCACCGGUGGCUACUGGCUCGACGCCGAUUCUGCCUCGGUCACGUUGACGAACCCGACCCGAUUUCAUCCCAUACAUAUAUUCCCAACCCGACACCGCACCAAAUUCCGUACUCUCGCUUCCUCCGCUGUCGUUCGCCGUGCCGUCGUCUACCUUUUGCAGAAGCCGGCGAGCCACGUCCGGGGCGGUAAAGAGAAGAGAUUUCUGAUAUUUAUGCGUAUGUGAUACAGAAGAGAGGUCUAGGUCUGGGUAGUUGCAGGAAUGGAUAAAGUAUUCAAUAAGCUCAGGAACUUGGAUGCUUACCCGAAAAUCAAUGAGGAUUUCUACAACCGUACCCUCUCCGGCGGUGUUAUCACCCUCGUCUCCUCCAUCGCCAUGCUCCUGCUUUUCUUCUCCGAGUUCAGACUGUAUCUCCAUACUGUUACUGAGACUAGGCUUAUUGUAGACACUUCAAGAGGAGAAAAAUUGCAUAUCAAUUUUGAUGUCACCUUUCCGGCCAUCAGGUGUUCGUUACUUAGUGUAGAUGCCAUGGAUAUUAGUGGAGAGCAACAUCUUGACAUAAGACAUGAUAUAUUCAUGAAAAGAAUUAAUUCUCAUGGUAAUGUUAUUGAAGUCAGACAAGAAGGAAUUGGUGCACCUAAGGUUGAGAAGCCUUUACAGAAGCAUGGUGGCAGACUGGAGCAUAAUGAGACAUACUGUGGUACAUGCUUUGGAGCAGAAAUGUCAGAUGAUGAUUGUUGUAAUUCGUGUGAAGAAGUUCGUGAAGCAUACAGAAAAAGAGGCUGGGCGAUCACAAACCCAGAAUUAAUAGAUCAGUGUAAAAGGGAAGGCUUCAUCCAAAAGAUUAAAGAUGAAGAAGGCGAAGGGUGCAACAUCCAUGGAUCUCUAGAGGUCAAUAAGGUUGCUGGAAAUUUUCAUUUUUCUCCUGGCAAAGGUUUUCAUCACUCAGUUGUUCAUUUGAGUGAUUUGCUGGCGUUUCAGAUGGAUACUUAUAAUAUAAGCCAUACGAUAAACAAGUUAUCUUUUGGAGCUUCUAUUCCUGGAGUUGUAAAUCCUCUUGAUAAGGUUCAUUGGGUGCAAGAAACACCAAACGGAAUGUAUCAAUAUUUUCUUAAGGUGGUUCCUACAAUAUACACAAAUAUCAGAGGCCACAAAAUAAACUCAAAUCAGUUCUCAGUGACUGAGCAUUAUAAGAGUACCGAACCUGGUCACUUUAAUUUAAAUCCGGGAGUUUUCUUCUUCUAUGAUCUUUCUCCUAUCAAGGUGACCUUUACGGAGGAGCACAUUCCAUUCCUUCAUUUCCUCACAAGCGUUUGUGCAAUAAUCGGCGGUAUCUUCACAAUUGCGGGGCUAGUUGAUUCAUUUGUUUACCAUGGCCAAAAAGCGAUAAAGAAGAAGAUUGAGCUUGGAAAAUUCACCUGAGGGAGCAUUCCAGCCUGCUUCAUCAUGUGCAUCCUCUAUUGAGGAAGGAGUUUUUACACUCUAGAUUUACAGCUUCUGUAACCAGUUUUAGCCAAUCAUCAUUCCGGUUUGAUACUAAACCAGAUUUUGCUAUCUCUAAUCCUAGUCAUCUGUCAUCUACUAUUGUUUUGAUGUUGGAAUCUGUUUAAAUGAUAUGCCAUAGUUCUUUGAUAACUCUA